AUGAACUGUCCAACAAGGGAUGCACUUCCAACGUUCGUUGUCUUUAUGAUUCUGAACUCAAAGAUUCUGACGAUGAUAGUAUUCACAGUGAUGAUAUUGACGACAGAAGCAAUUGAUGAGGACUAUGAGCAAGCUGAAGAAGAAGAAGAUGAAGAAGAUGAAGGUUUUUAUGAGAUAAUGGAUACAGAAAACGAUGAAUAUGGGAGCGAUGGAUACGGCGACAGUAGUAAUACUGAAGAAGAAGAUCAUGAAAACGAUGAAACUGAAACUGAAACUGAAGGAUAUGAUGAUAGUGAUAGCGACGAAAAAGAUCAUGGUUAUAAUGAUACACAAGAAGAAACAGAUGAUGAGGAGGAAUAUAAUGCAAGUGAAUCUAAUGAAGAUGAAGAAAAAAGAAGAAGAGGAUAUUGGUAA